CGGAAGUGCGAAGGAGAGGCGAGCCACGUGGGUGGAGCUGGAGCGCAGCUCGCAUGGGGGAGUCUAUCCCGCUGGCCGCCCCGGUCCCGGUGGAACAGGCGGUGCUGGAGACGUUCUUCUCUCAUCUGGGUAUCUUCUCUUACGACAAGGCCAAGGACAAUGUGGAGAAGGAACGAGAGGCCAACAAGAGCGCGGGGGGCAGCUGGCUGUCGCUGCUGGCGGCAUUGGCCCACCUGGCUGCGGCCGAGAAGGUCUAUCACAGCCUCACCUACUUGGGGCAGAAACUAGGGGGCCAGUCUUUCUUCAGCAGGAAGGAUUCCAUUCGCACCAUCUAUACUUCCCUGCACAACGAGCUGAAGAAGGUGGUGACUGGCCGUGGUGCCUUCGGAGGGACCGCUCCGCACGUGGAAGAGCUCCUUUCCCACCUGUCAGAGCAGCUCUGCUUCUUUGUUCAGGCUCGCACGGAGAUCGCAGACUUCUAUGAGAAGAUGUACACUCUCAGCACACAGAAGUUCAUCAAUGCUGAAGAGCUUGUUGGCCUUUUGGACACCAUCCUCAAGAAAUACAGCUCCAGAUUUCACCACCCCAUCCUCAGUCCUCUGGAAAGCAGUUUCCAGCUGGAGGUCGACGUCCUGAGUCACCUCCUGAAGGCCCAGGCUCAGGUCUCCGAGUGGAAGUUUCUCCCGUCCCUGGUGAACUUGCACAGCGCUCACACCAAGCUGCAGACUUGGGGCCAGAUCUUUGAAAAGCAACGGGAGACCAAGAAACAUCUGUUUGGAGGGCAGUCUCAGAAGGCCGUUCAGCCCCCACACCUUUUCCUUUGGCUGAUGAAACUCAAAAACAUGCUUCUUGCCAAAUUUAGCUUCUACUUUCACGAGGCGCUGAGCCGACAAACGACUGCUUCAGAAAUGAAAGCGCUGACUGCAAAAGCCAGCCCCGACCUCUUUGGAAAGAUUUCCAGCUUCAUCAGGAAAUACGACGCUGCCAACGUGUCCUUAAUCUUCGACAACCGAGGUUCUGAGAGCUUUCAGGGUCACGGCUAUCACCACCCCCAUUCCUACAGAGAGGCUCCCAAAGGAGUGGAUCAAUAUCCGGCUGUGGUGUCUUUGCCCAGCGACCGGCCUGUCAUGCACUGGCCCAAUGUCAUCAUGAUCAUGUCGGACCGCACGUCCGACCUGAACAGCUUGGAGAAAGUGGUCCACUUCUAUGAUGACAAAGUUCAGAGCACCUACUUCCUCACCCGCCCAGAACCUCACUUUACCAUUGUUGUCAUUUUUGAGUCAAAGAAAUCGGAGAGAGACUCCCACUUUAUUUCUUUCCUUAGUGAGAUCUCACUUGCCCUUAAGAACCCCAAGGUUUUUGCAAGUCUAAAACCUGGAUCCAAAGGUUAGCAGGUGGUUUGUGUGAAAGGUAUUCAAGACUGGGUAUUAUGUUCUUAAUUGCUCUAACGAUCUACAGUGGUCUAUGAUUAGAGGUUCCACCCCCACCCCAACCUGGCACCCCUCCCCACCCCUCCCCCACCCCAUGCUUCUUGCAUUUCUAAAUUCAGGACAAACCCUGCCUGAUUGCAUUGCACCCUUUAUAAGCAAUUAUGGCCAACUGAAUUACAUAUCCAAAGAGUAGUCUAGGAGGUGGUCAUGGAUGCUGGUCUCUGCAGUACAGCAAGGUAUUUUUUUUUGGCGUUUUCUUCUAUUUUCCUGUAUUUCAUGUAGACUAAUAUUUAUUGGCCUUUGAUUCUUAUUUCCAGAUGUUUUAUGUUGUUCCAAACAUUGUAUUCCAAUGUAGUUUCAAGCGCCCUGUCUUUCCCUGCCCCCCCCCCCUUCCUGGAUGAGUAACUGAGAUACUAUGUAAAACAGCUUUUUUAAAAUCAAGGAAUAUUUUCCAGCUCAUGAAUUAGCAAAUUAACAUGAAACUUUAAGUUUUGUGAUCAGCAAAUUAAUAUUUUUGAUGCCACAAUUAGGGUCUUGAUGAGAAAGUUCUAUCAAUUUUUGAAAUUGACAGUGAAUCAGAAUGGUAGCAAUAGCAUCUGUUUUUUUUUAACAGUUCCAAAGAUUCUCAGGGCAACUUUAAUAGCCAAGGUUGCCUUUGGGAUGACCUGCACAUCUAGCUGCAUUUGUUUUUACCCUUAUAAAGUUUGAAUUUUUCACUGUUUUAAGGUUAGUGUAAGCCAUUAAGUGGUCGUUUCUUCCUUCUUCAGGAAAGGAGCGAUUUGGCUCUCUGUUUGUCACCUUUCUGUUGAAAUGCAUGCUCAUGUUUGGCUCCUCCCUGGUUAUCUUUAGUCUGAAAAAGUAGGCAGUCUUGAUUUUUCAGCCUCUUUUAGGCAACUUAACCUACUUCUGUAAAAUCAAAAUGGAGGUCUUGAUACUUGCUAAAAAUCUGUUGCGCAUUCAAAAGGCCUCUUCGUAGUUGAGUAAUCCACCUACAGUUAAGCACAUCUCAACCUGGGUUUCAUUCCUGUCUCCUCCACGUUAUUUUUAGAAGCAGUGAUACAUCUUAACACAUGCUUCCUUAACGCUUUCCUUCAGUAGGUGUUCACGGGGAAGGAGACAGAUCAGUGAAGCCAUAAUGGGCCGUGGAGACCUUCCCUUCUAGGUUAUUGAUUGAGAAUAAAAAUAAGCCACAAAGAGUAAUUGAGUAGUUACUAUUUGAUAGUUCCUUCAAAGCUGGUGUGCAGCAUAAUGAUCAGAGCAGUCCCCUUUCUCAUGAUUGCAUGGAGUCACGGUUUUUUACGGGGUGGCCACAGCAGGCAAGCUGGCAGCAUUGGCCGAGACCAGAGAGUCUCUUGAGUCCAUGUAGGAGGCCUGCCUAUCUCAGACCAGACUCCCUGGUGGAAGAGCCCACUGGCCUAUUUUCUGUGGAGAAUGUGUGUUUUUCUUUUGUUUUUGUUUUUUUUUUUUUAAAUAUGAUUUGUGAAAAGCCAGUUUGCUUUACAUAGGAAGUAGAGAUUUACUUCUGCAUUUUAUUCACUAAGAUUCAAUAAAAAUCUGGGCCGAUUUCACAACAUUUAACUUACAUAAAAAAUUGAAAACAAUGGGAACUAAUUAGUCAAAUCAUUUUUCUUCCUUUUUGUGUUUUUCCAAGAAGCUGAAAAAUAUUCCUUGGUGUUCAUGAAUUUUUUUCCCCCCCUAGAUGAAACCACCAUUAGCCUUAAUGAUAUGGUGUCCCUUUUACCUAAAAGAAAUAGGCCUCAGUGGAGCAUGGCAGAGAGUGUAAAUAAAACAUAUAUACAAUAUUUAAAUACUGAGUCCUCGCCUAGAAAAUAUUUGAAUUGUAUAUUUAUUUUAAAACCUAUUUUGGUUCAAGCCAGGAAACAAAGUCAUUUUACUCUCUGAGAUUUGUCCUUUGAAAUCAGUAAUGAAAUGAUCUAUAAAGUCUAUUCUUUGCUAAUGUGAAGUGAAGUGAAAGUUGCUUAGUGGUGUCUGACUCUUUGUGACCCCAUUCUCCAGGCCAGAAUACUGGAGUGGGUAGCCUUUCUCUUCUCCAGGGGAUCUUCCCAAUACAGGGAUUGAACCCAGGUCUCCCGCAUCGCAGGCAGACUCUUUACCAGCUGAACCACAAGGAAAGCCCCAAAAUACUGGAGAUGGUAACCUAUCCCUUCUCCAGGGGAUCUUCCUGACCUAGGAAUCGAACUGUCUCCUGCAUUGCGGGCAGAUUCUUUACCAAACUGAGCUAUCAGGGAAGCCCCAUGCUUUGCUAAUGGGAAGAACAAAUGCUCAUAUUUUCUGUAGAACAUUUGCUUUGAAAUAUGUUUCUAAAGCACAACUUGAUCAAUGUUUAUGGGUAACCAGAAGUGUAGUGAACAAUUACCAAGCUUGCCAACAAGCCCAUCAAGGAGUGUUUAUUUCAGAUCGCUGUUUGGACAGAGGGUGAACAUUUAUGACUUUGUUCUUUGGGUCCAGCCUGGUGUCUGACUGUGUCAUCUUAGGGAGUAUGACAGUAAAGCUAAAUUCUUAACCCAGGAGCCAAUAUCCUGUUUAUAAGUGCUCUGUACAUUUGAAGAUGCUAGAGAAAAUUUACUUUGAAGAGAGAAAAUAGUUAUUUCAACCUCACUCCCAGUAGAGUCACUCAGGUGAUUGUCAAAAUAAGUUCACCCUUUGAUCUAACAGCCAACUUGCAAUUUUCUCUGGCAAGUUGGCCUCUGAGUUUGACUUCCUUAUCUGUAAAAUGGGAAUAAGGAAAUAUGGUCUGCUUUUUCCAAAGGAUGUGUAAGAAUGAACUGAGAUCACACAUGUAAAAAAUGCUUUGCAAACUUACUUGCGUUUGAAUGCUGUGAAAAUAAAAGAUGAACCACUGUUUCUUUAAACUUUUCUGUUCUCAUCUUUCUCUCCAGAUUGGUGACAAACCUGUACUUUGACAUUAAGUUUGAAUGGUACUUAAAGAACUAGUUUAGAAGAGGAGGCAGAUAAAUGUCUAAUCAACCCACCUGCUUUACUUAUUUUAGAAUCUUUGUGAAAUGAAAGUCAGUCGUGUCCGA